UACUCACACACUCUACACAUGUGAACACAACACCCCGAAUGUCCAAUAUCAAUUCGACACGUGUCCAAUAAAAUGACCUUUAUUUUUUCCAUGGCUUCAUUCUCUCUCACCAGACAUUCGCGUUCCCCUAAUUUAGUCGCCUCUCCAGCUCCUCUCCGCCUAAUUCCCAGUUGCUCCCCGUCUCUCUCUCCCCUUCUCUUUCUCUCUCUAGAUUUUUUUACCAAACAAAAACUGAUCUUGGCGGUGGCAGCGGCGGAGGAGAUGGUGAACGCGGCGACAUUCUGGCUGUCGGAGCACCCAUCAAUAGUGGGGUUCCGGUGGAGCCACACCCAAUCAUGGGGCUCCACGUGGUCAUUCCUCUUCACCUCAAUCUCCCUCUACCUUACCCUAUCCCUCCUCCUCUCCGCCGCCAUCCGCCUCCUCCGCACCCGACCCUUCCACCUCGGCCCCCUCUCCGCCCUCCACAGCCUCUCGAUGGCCCUCAUCUCCGUCACCAUCUUCGCCGGAAUCCUCCUCUCCGCCGCCGCAGAGAUCCGCGACACCCGCUGGUUCUGGCGGCGUUCCAAGACCCCCUUCCAAUGGCUCCUCUGCCUCCCCCUCGGGCCCCGCCCCUCCGGUCGGGUCUUCUUCUGGUCCUACGUCUUCUACCUCUCCCGCUUCCUCCACAUGUUCCGCACCUUCUUCGCCAUCGUACGACGUCGUAGGCUCGCCUUCUCCCAGCUCUUCAACAACUCCAUCCUCACUUUCAUGUCGUUUCUCUGGCUCGAGUUCUCGCAGUCCUUUCAAGUUCUCGCGAUACUUUCCACCACGCUCGUCUACUCCGCGGUCUACGGGUAUCGCUUCUGGACCGCCGUCGGAUUGCCUAGCGCGUGUGAUUUCCCUUUCGUUGUCAACUGCCAGAUCGUCCUCCUCGGGUGCCACGUGGCCUGCCACGUCGGAGUUCUGGCGAUGCACUUCUUGAAGGGAGGGUGCAAUGGGAUCGGCGCGUGGGUUUUAAACUCGGUUUUGAAUGGGGUUAUGAUGUUGUUGUUUUUGAGGUUUUAUGUGGAGAAGAUGCGCUUAGGGAAGAGAAGGGACAUAAUUAAUCAUGGGCAAUUGAGAGAUAAGGAGACGUGAUUGGGAAUUGAUUAGUGGUUUUGCUCUGUUUUUGCAAUUUUCUAGAAGGUUAAUUGUACACAAUACAAUACAUACAUAUAUAUACGUUAUGGUUUAAUUAGUAAGAGGUUUUCACGUAAGGCUCUAAAGUCUAAAGCGAAAUUUGGGUGGGUUUGAGGAUUAAAUCUCAUUUGAGAUCCCACAUUGACUCGGAUUAAUAAAAUCAUAAACGUGUAUAAUUUUC